UGCAAUCUUCCCACACGCACCCUCUUCUGUGUCCGCCCCUCGCCCUUGUCCUGCCAUUCUCCGAACAGAUGCACCCAAGCAGAGAUUCGUCGUUGGGUUUCAGCCCUGUUGGAGUCAGCAUGAACCAAGCAUCGCUGCAUCGUCGUUCUACGACUGGAGGUCAGGGAGAGGUAUGCACUGAUGCCACUGGAUGGUCCUUUCCAAUUCCUCAGGUUGCGCUAGGAAGGACAGAUGCACAAGCCAAUCGUUCAGAGGGAGGAUUUGAUCAUGCCGGCGUCGGACUGAUGCGCCAUCGUGUGGCUCCUCCUACACAGUUCGAUGGCCGGAUGCCAGAUGAACCUAUUGAACCUGAACUAGAAGGCAAUGAUUUUGUCCACUAUUUCACAAACCUCCUAGUGAAUGACCAAGAAUCUCAUGAUCUCCCACCUCCUAGUCAUACAAGUAAUGAUGAUGUACCUAGAGCAUCGAAAGGAUCUCAGAAAAGAACUAAAAAUUUCAGAGAUGAUGAGGACAGACUUCUUGUGUCAGCUUGGCUUAAUAUUGGCAUGGAUCCUAUUCAAGGAAGUGAUCAACCACUGGGGGCAUAUUGGAGAAGAAUCCAUCAAUAUUUUCAUGCUAACAAGACAUUCGAUUCAGACCGUACACAGGGUCCAUUAAUGAACCGUUGGGGUGUCAUCCAACAUGAUGUGAAUCUUUUUUGUGGAUGUCUGUCAAAGAUUGAGACAAGAAACCAGAGUGGUUGUUCAGUUGAUGACAAGGUUAGUUUAUUUGUUACAAAUGAAACUAUGUCAUGUAUGUUCAUUUGUGACAUCCUAGUGAAUGCAUAUUUUUUUUGUGUGUGCUAUCUACAUAUUGCAAGUGCAUGUGCAAUGUUCAAGGCCGAAGAUAUUAAGAACACGAAUUUUGCCUACAUGCAUUGCUGGAAAAUUCUAAAGGACAUGCCCAAAUGGAUUGCAUGGAAAAAUCAUCGAGCUGCUACAAAAAUAGCAAGUAACAAGAAGCAGAAGACAGUGUCAAAUUCAUCUCCUGCUUCUGCCCGUAUGCUAAAAAUACAGAAAAUGCUUUAGGAAGACCUAAAGGAAAGAAGAAGGAGAAAUAGAAGGUGCGACAACGUUCGACCAUCGAAGCAGUGGACUAUCUCGUGGACAAGAUGAAAGAAGCUGAAGGUAAAAAAGACCUGAAGAAAGCUGAGAGGUGGGAUAGGGCCUUUCAUUUGCAGGAAAAAAAGAUGAAAUUGGAUAGAGAAAAAUUUGAGUUCCAAAGGGAGUUGGAAGAGGAGAGAAUUCUUAGUCUUGAUUUGAGCACUAUGACUGACCAACAGAAGCAAUUCUAUGAAGGGCGUCAGAAUGACAUUCUAGCUAGGCGUUUCGGUUGCUAGUGUAGUUCUUCGUGUAGUUCAGUAUAUUUUGAGUACUGCAUGUCUAUGAAACCAUUAUAAUUUUCUUUCAUUCAAAUAGUGACAUAUCAAACUAUUUACUUGUGUGCUUGUUCGUUUAGUAUUGCCCAUAGCACUACUGCCAACAGUGAAUUUGUUUUA